AUGCCUGAUGAUCCGGAAGGUGGCAUGCUUCUGCCCUAUUGCGAUGACGAUGGCUUGAGUUUCUGGUGCCGACAGCUCUUCAAUGAUGACCAUCACCAGUCCGUCAUCCCAGGCGACUUUGUCGUUGGUUCUCUGCCCGAUGACCUGGCGUCUUUUGACUUACCAUGGACUACCAUUGGCGAGUACACUGACCUUACAACUCACGACAGUUAUCCUCCUUCCGAUCUCCCUGCAGUCUCCUCCCAACCACCCCAGCAGCUACCUCCUACGACCUCUUCUGGCGAAACAUGUCAUCCGGCCUGCGGGAGCCUGCCACCAAAGAGUGGAACUCGUUUUUCUAAGGAUGCGCUCAAGGUUCUUAAAGACUGGCUCAGUUCUCACAGCGAUCAUCCCUACCUCGACGAGGAAGACAGGGAGAUGCUGCAGCGCCAGACAGGUCUUAACAAAACCCAGAUCUCGAAUUGGCUUACCAAUGCUCGCCGUCGACGUAAGGUCCAACGACCCAGGUCUACCUCUCCUUAUGUCCGCAACACCUGGACCGGACCUAUCGACAUUCCCCGGCGUCCAGAUACACCUGCCUUUCACAACGAUUCAGGCAACCUGAAUCCCCUGGAGCGUUGGGUUGACUCACCGCCCGAAAACGAACCCGCCUCAGUCACAGCCAUCGCCAAGGCCGUCGCCUUAAACUCAAAAGCUUCCUCGGGUCAGAACAGCCCACGCUCCUUUGCCUCCACCGAUGGCGGAUCUAACCCGUCAGUCUAUAAUGCCUCUUCUGCUAGUAGUGCUGGCACUUCAAGCGGUGCCUCCUUCGGCUCCAUGACGAGGCAGCGUGGCCGCCGUCGAAGAAGACCCGUUCCCAAGCGCAAGGAGAAACCCUCUUCGGCCGUGGCCAUCAAGAAGUUCCAGUGCACGUUCUGCACAGACACCUUUGGGACCAAGUACGACUGGCAGAGACAUGAGAAGUCACUCCACCUCUCAUUGGAAAGGUGGAUGUGUGCACCUAACGGCCCUCGGGUCCUUAACCCCCAGAGCAACCAGAACUGCUGUGCCUUCUGCGGCGAAGCUGAGCCUAGCGAUGAUCACAUCGAAAGCCACAACCUCUUAGCCUGUAUGGAGAGGCGGCCUGAAGACAGGACGUUUUAUCGCAAGGAUCACCUGAAUCAACACCUAAGGCUUAUGCAUAACGUCAAAUUUCUUGACUGGAGUAUGAAGUCAUGGAAGGUCACUGGACCUGAUAUACGGUCGCGCUGUGGGUUUUGCGGUAUAGCCAUGUCGAACUGGUCAGAUCGAGUGGACCAUCUUGGGGAACAUUUUAGGAAGGGCGCUACGAUGGCUUCCUGGAGGGGAGACUGGGGUUUCGAACCUCCAGUGCUCAAGAUGGUUGAGAAUUUCAUUCCUCCGUAUUUGAUCGAGAAUGAUCGCCGCUCUCCGUUCCCUUACAUCGCAACCGCCGCUAAAGCCGAGACCCCCGAGAGUUCGUAUGAGUUAAUCAAUCAGAAGCUAGAUCUUUUUACAACCAACCACCAAGAGCCAACAAUGACGGACUCGCGACGCCGGGAGUUGAAUGAAAUCGCACGAAAGCAGCCCUGCUCCGAAAUGGCUACCGGAAAAGCGGGAGCGUUCUUCCUGACCGACGUCAACUGUUAUCGACGCCUGAAUCGCGAGUUGACUCGCUUCGUCACUUCCAUCAUGUCACUCAACAAUCCGAACUGUCAUGUACCCACCGACGCCGAGAUUCAGCAUCAGGCUCGGUGCAUAAUAUUUGAUGACGACGACCCAUGGAACCAGACUGCUGCCGAUAACGCCGAGUGGCUGUUGCGAUUCAAGCGUGAUGUCGGUAUCUUGCCUUCCGGGCCUGGUCUUCCGCUGGACAUCAAUUCCUGGAGCAUCACCGACGGCGGCUCAGGUUUCGCACCUCCAUUCGCCUUCCCCAACAAGAGAAUGCUGCGCGCAACUUCAUCCUCACCGGCCUCGUCCAGCGAGUCUCACAGCUCUGCCAAGGUUGAAAUAUUCGUCGGUAAUGACGAAGCACCCUUUAAGACCAAUCAGGCGUUGUUGGACGGGUAUAUCGAGACCUUCUCAUCGCGCUACGACCGCCCUGCUACAGUCUUUUGCUCGCGCGAGCUGGAGAGCGGCCUCGUUAGCUUCGUCGAGGGAGAGAUAGCACGUGGUGCCGGCUUCCCUUCGGAUGAGGCGAUGAGGUUGCGUGGCCGUGAGAUUCUGGGCCGUGAUAAGACGGCGGCUGAUGAUCCCGAUCUGCUGGCAAGGUUCAAGGCGUGGAUGAUGAAGAUACGCCACCAGCAGUCGGUGGCCAUGCCCUAUGAUAUCAACAGCAACCUGAAUGACGCGGAAAUAGAUAGCAUGUUGGCUGAUGCGAACUUCGAUGUGAUGUUGACAUCAUUCUAG